AUGCUCACGUAAGUACCCGACCCUCACUUGCUCUAUAUUCUUUGUCUUCACCCCCUUUAUCGCUUGAAUGUCUCAUGUUUUCUUGUGUAGGAACUAUUCAGAAACCCCAAGCAUCAACCCACCUUCGAUGGGUUUUUGAAGGGCACUGGCGCAGCAAGAGUCUUCGUUUACUACUAAUAGGCAUAUAAGAUCACUGAAUCUGGGGACGUUUACUGGUACCCAGGCAGAGAAGAAUUCUACGUUACCGAUGGCGAGAAAGAGAAGCUAAAGGGCAAGGGAGUCUACUUCAUCAGGACCACUCCUCCCAACAAACCCGUCAAUCCUAACAUUGGUAACGAUAAUGAAGUUUUGUUUGGAGAGAUUUCCGAACACACCGUCUAUUCGCUCAACAUCAUUGUGAACAAUGUGUUCAAACCCUUAGUGGAUAGACUAGAAACAAGUGACUGGGGUACUUGCGAGGAAGAGCAAAAGAAGGAAUUCUCGUAGGUGUUCGAUAAGUUCGCUAUUGAGUUGAAAGAGGCUCUAAAGAGUCUUUAAAACAACUUGCAACUUGAACCCUACAACGAGAAGUGGGAAAAUGACGCCAAAAACAUCCAGUCCACCAAGACCCCCAACCCAGACAUGAUCGCUGACUUCGAGCGCAUCUUCAACGUCUGGUCCGAAGAGAUUGAAAGAAACAUCAGGGAUAUGGAAAACAACCCCCCAGGUGAGAAAGAACCAGGCCCCAAACACGAACUUGAGAACUGGAGAACCAAGAUGAGAAAACUCACCUGCAUCUCUGAGCAACUCAGAAGCAAAAACUGCAGAACUGUCUAUGACGUGCUCACUCAAGCCAGUCAAAACCCAGCUGAACAACUUGGCAAACCUAGAGACAAGAUCUAUCUCGCCACUUCAAAAUGGAGAAGCAUUGAGCUCAAAGUCACUGAACAACUCAACGAGGCCAAGGAUAACGUUAAGUAUCUAGCUACUCUUGAGAAAUUCAUAGAGCCACUCUAUGAAGGUACUCCAGAGACCAUCAAGGAUACCCUCCCAGCUUUGAUGAACUCAAUUAAGAUGAUCCACACCAUUGCUAGAUAUUACAACACCAACGACUCAAUGACAGGUCUCUUUGUCAAGAUCACCAACCAAAUGAUUGCCCAGUGCAAGUACAACAUCCUCAACUACAAGAAAAUCAGAGACCCCAACACAGUAGGAAGCAAGAAAGCUGUCUUGGAUGAUGGUGUGCUCUGGAAUCACGAUGAAUACCCACCAGAAGAACUUAUCCCCAUUCUCAAGAGCUGUCUAGAUCUCAACCAAGCCUACUAAAAGCAAUAUGAGAUCACCAAGGAGAGACUCAUGAACAUGCCCAAGGGAAAGCAAUUCGAAUUCUCUCCCAACCAAAUCUUCGGCAAGUUCGACCUCUUCUGCAGAAGAGUCUCCAAGCUCAUCGAGCUCUUUGGAACCAUUCAGCAAUUCAGAACCCUUGACAAGCACAACCUUGAGGGCAUCUCUCACAUUACCAAGACCUUCGAAGGCUAUGUCAAUUCAUUCAAGAAGAAGUCCCACAAGUUGCUUGACUACACUCAAAACACCUUCGACAGAGACUUCGUCGAGUUCAACGUUGACGUCUCCUCAGUCGAGACUGAGCUUCAACAAUACAUUGACAAGAAUUUCGAGGUUAUUACCAGCAUUGAAGACUCACUCAAGCUUCUUAGAAAAUUCCAAACCAUUCUUCAAAGAGAAAACCUAAGAAACAGCUUAAGCUCAAAGUAUACCAUCCUUUUCCACAACUAUGGUCUUGAAAUCCAUCAAAUUGAAGACUAGUAUCAAAAGUACAAGAACAACCCACCCAUUGUAAGAAACUUACCAACUGUAUCAGGUAGCAUCACCUGGUCAAGACAUUUGUUCCACAGAAUUUCAGGCCCAAUGGAGCAAUUCCCUCAAAACCUCAUCAGACAGAAGGAGUCUAAGAAAUUCGUUAAGAUGUACAACAAGAUCGGUUACACUUUAUUCUCCUUCGAGUAUCUCUGGAGAUAGAAAUGGGCUCAUGAAGUCGAAAAGGCCAAGGCUGGACUCCAAGCUACUCUCAUUAUCAGACAUCCAGACAACAACAAGCUUUAUGUCAACUUCGAUAGUGAAAUCCUCACCCUCAUCAGAGAAGCUAAGUGCCUCUCCAGAAUUGGUAUUGAUAUCCCAGAGAGUGCCAAGAUUGUCCUCUUGCAAGAAGAUAAGUUCAAGAUGUACAACAUUGAGCUUCACUUCGUCCUAAGAGAGUAUGACAGAAUCGUAAACAAGAUCAGACCAAACACCAAGAGUCUCUUGGUUCCCCAUCUUGAGGACUUAGAAUACAAACUCAGACCAGGUAUGGUUACCUUGACAUGGACUUCAAUGAAUAUCGACGGUUACCUCCAUCACGUCCAUCAAGGUCUUGCCAAGCUCGAGCAAUUGAUCAUUAACAUCAAUGACAUCAUGGAAAACAGAAUCGAGAACAACUUGAAGGCUCUUUCAAAGACUGUCCUAGUCAACCUCCCACAAGACGCUCAAACCUUCACUCUUGAUGACUUCGUAGAAAUGCAAGAAGUCUGGAUCAAGGAAGAGUCCCAAAAGCUAAAGUCAAAGAACUAUGAAGUUGAAGGCGCAGUUGAGGAUCUCAUCCAAACUAUCUGCUCUUACUAACUUGACCAACACGUUGAGCCAAUCUCAGCUGAGGAAAUCCAAAAGCUUUCAAAGUAUUACAACUGGUCAAUGUAUCAGGCCCUACUUCAUGCCACCAAAUACUCACUCAACCAAAUGAAAGAGAGAAUCUGCGGAAGAAGAAACGCUCCAAAGGUCGUUCUCAAGCCAUUCUUCGAGGUAGAUGUCCUGCUAGAAGGUGAUACUUGCACUCUUAAACCAUCACUUGAAGAAGUACAAAGCGCAAUCAACAGAGCUGCCUCCCACGUACUCAAGUCAACCAAGAACGUGCAAAACUGGAACCAAAAGGAUCAACCAGAGGAUCAAAGAGAGCCAUUCUAUGACUGGAUUGCUAAGGACAAGGAGAUCGUAAAGGUCAUCUUGCUCUUGACUGGUUCCAUCCAAGGCACCAAGAACAACGUGAAGAAAUUCCUCGACUCAUUCGAGAAGUACGACUGGCUCUGGAAGCAAAGAAUUGACGAGAACCUCAAGAGAUUCAACGCAAAGAACCCACAACUUGAAGACUUCGAAGAGAAACUCAAGGAAUUCGUCCACUUCCAAGAUCAAAUCAACAAGAUUGAUGCCUACAACCAAAUCGGAGCCCUUUCACUCAAGACUGACAAUGUAAAGGCUGGACUCAAGAAGUGGAUUGAGCUAUGGAAAGAAGCAUUCUCCAAGGACCUCCACAAGAAGGCAAAGACCCUCCUCGAACACUUGACUGAUGACAUAAAGUAGAUCAGACUUAAGAUCGACAAGCCAGCUAAGGAUAUUGACAGUUUAGGCAAUGUGAUGCACGCCCUUGAAGAAAUCAGAAAGAAGGAAAGUGAAAUUGAACUCCAAUUCAGACCUGUCUCUGAAAUGUACACUCUCCUCGAACACUAUCUCCCAGAAGUCAUGGAAAAGGAAGAGAUGGAUGCUAAAUCUAUCCUUGAAAAGGACUGGACUUAACUUGUUGCCUUUGCUGAGACCAUCAGAAACGAACUCCAAGGCCAACAAGCUGAAUUCAAGAAGAGUUUGAUCACAGGUAUCAACAUCUUGAUCGUUGAUGUUGAGGAAUUCAGAAAGAACUUCGAGAAGAACGGACCUAUGGUGCCAGGUAUUGAGCCAAAGGAAGCUCUUAACAGACUUAGAAUGUUCUCAGACGAGUACUCAGUCAGAAAGAGAAAGUACGAUUCUUACUUCGCUGGAGAAACCCUCUUCGGACUCCCCCAUCAAAGCUACCCCGCCCUCGAAGAGACUAGAAAAGAAAUCGAGCUUCUUGACAAGCUUUAUAACCUCUAUUCAAAGGUCAAGGACACCAUUGAGAAAUGGAGAGAAGUGCUCUGGACUGAAAUCCAAAACGAAAUUGGCAAGAUGAUGGAGCAAAUCGACGUGUUCAGCAGAGAUUGCAUGAAACUGCCAGGAGUGUUGAAGACUUGGGACGCCUAUAAGGAACUCAAGCAAGAGAUUGAUGAUAUGACUGAAAUCCUCCCAUUGGUUGAAUCACUCGCCAAACCCUCAAUCAGACCCAGACAUUGGGACGAGAUCAUCUCCAUGACCAAGGAAGAUAUUCCAUAUGCUAGUGAGACUUUCUCAUUCUCUCAACUCUUGAAGGCCAACCUCCUCCAGUUCAAGGAAGAUAUUGAGGAUAUUGCAGACUCAGCUGAUAAGCAACUAAAACUUGAGACCCAACUCAAGGAAGAUAUCUCCAAGUUCUGGGAGACCGCCGAACUUGAAAUCAAGACCUGGAAAGGUGUUGAUGCCCCAUGUACCCUUGGAGGUAAUAUUCAAGAUAUCCAGGAUAAGCUAGAAGAGCACAUCAUGGCACUCAAUCAAAUGAACGCUAUGAGAUACGUUACUCCAUUCAAGGCUGAAGUCACUGAGAAGAUCUUCUCACUCUCAGAAGUUGCUGACACCAUUGAAAAGUGGCUUAAGGUGCAAACUCUUUGGACCAAUCUUGUGUCUGUCUUCACCAGUGGAGAUAUCGCCAAGCAAAUGCCAACUGAAGCAAAGAAAUUCAAGAACAUCGACAAGCAAUGGCUUAAGAUCAUGGAAAGAGCCAAUGAGCAAAAGAACGUUAUUGCCUGUUGCCAGAAUGAUAUCCUCAAGAACUCUCUCAGUCAGUUGCAAGAGGGACUUGAGUUCUGUCAAAAGAAACUUGAAAACUAUCUAGAGUCAAAGAGAAACAUCUUCCCUCGUUUCUAUUUCUGCUCCAAUGCCGAUCUCCUUAAGAUUCUAUCAGUCGGAUCUGACCCCAACGCUGUGCAAGAUGAUUUCGAAAAGCUUUUCGACGCUAUCAACAGAGUCGUCUUCGAUGACCAAGACAGAAGACUCAUUAUUACCAUUGAACAAACCAUCGGUUCAUUCGCUGAGAACAUUUCCCUCGUCGAUGGAGUUAAAGCCGAAGGUAACAUUGAGGACUGGUUGUGCAAACUUGAAAAGGAAAUGCAAAAGUCAGUUAGAUCAGUCUGCCAGAGAGGUUCAAAAGACUGCUUCGCCUUACCUCUUAGAGAUUUCAUUGACUAAUAUCCAUCUCAAAUCGCCCUUCUAGGUAUCUAGAUGAUUUGGACCAACAAGGUACAAGAUUGCCUUGAGAGAAACCAAAAAGAGAAGUUGACUGAGCUCGACAGAAAGAAGAAGGAUAUUGAAAACAUCAUGAAGGAAUUGUCAGCAAUGUGUCUGGAAGACAUGAACAGACUUUAAAGAUGUAAAGUUGAAACCCUCGUUACUAUUCAUGUACAUCAAAGAGAUCUCUUCCAAAAAAUCCUCGAAGAUGCUAAACAACACAAGAUCAAGGAUGCCAAUGACUUCGACUGGACUAAAAACACCAGAAUCUACUGGAAACAUGAUGAAGAACAAGUAGCAGUACAAAUUACUGAUGUCGAAUUCAUCUAUUCUUAUGAGUUCUUAGGAGCCAAAGAGAGACUUUGUAUUACCCCACUUACUGAUAGAUGCUAUAUCACUCUUUCCCAAGCCCUAGGUAUGCUUUAUGGUGGUGCCCCAGCUGGUCCCGCCGGUACUGGUAAGACUGAAACUGUCAAGGAUCUCGGAAGAACCCUCGGUAUCUUCGUCGUCGUCACAAACUGCUCUGAUGAGCACAAAUACAGAGAUAUGGCUAAGAUUUUCAAGGGAGUGUGUCAAAGUGGUCUCUGGGGUUGCUUCGAUGAGUUCAAUCGUAUUUCUCUCGCCACCCUAUCCGUCGUCGCUGCUCAAAUUGAGUCCAUCACCCUUGCCAAGAAACAAGGUCUCAAGAGAUUCAUGUUCCCCAACGAAGCUCAACCAAUUGGACUUGUCCAAGCCUGCGGUUAUUUCAUUACCAUGAACCCUGGUUAUGCCGGUAGACAAGAGCUUCCAGAAAACUUGAAGGUGCAGUUCAGAAGUGUGUCUAUGAUGAUGCCCAACAGACAAGUUAUCAUGAAGGUCAAGUUGGCCUCCGUCGGUUAUUCAACCUAUGAGCCCCUCUCCAAGAAGUUCAACGUGCUUUACAAGCUUUGCGAGGAGCAGCUCUCAAAACAACGUCACUACGAUUUCGGUCUCAGAAACAUUCUCUCAGUGCUCAGAACUGCUGGUAUCAUUAAGAGAUCUGAGCCAUUAGGAACUGACGAAGAGAUGAUCAUGGCUAGAACCCUAAGAGAUAUGAACUUGUCAAAGUUCGUCGCCCAAGAUCAACCACUCUUUGAGCAAUUGCUAAAGGAUAUCUUCCCCAGACAAAACAACAUUCCAAAGAAAACUUACAAGGAUGUCGAAGUAUCUGUUAAAGCUCUAAUGAAGACUAACAACCUUGUCGACAAGCCACAAUGGUUCAUUAAGAUUAUUCAGUUAUAUGAAACAUCUAUUGUGCGUCACGGUUUCAUGGUCGUCGGCCCAGCUGGUUGCGGUAAGACUACCAUUAUGAACACUUUGACUGAUGCCUUGAGUAACAACGGUUUCCAACACAAGAUCACCAGAAUGAAUCCAAAGUCAAUCACUGGUCAGCAAAUGUAUGGAGUCAUGAACACCAUCACUGGUGAGUGGGUACCAGGAGUCUUCUCACAAAUCUGGAAGAAAUGUAACGAUAAGAAAAACAAGCAUACCUCUUGGAUUACUUGCGAUGGUCCAGUCGAUGCUAUUUGGAUUGAAAACCUUAACACUGUGCUCGAUGAUAACAAGAUUCUUACUCUCGCCAAUGCCGAGCGUAUUCCCAUGACUGAUAACACUAAGAUGGUCUUCGAAGUAGAAAACCUCAACAAUGCCUCACCCGCUACUGUAUCAAGAUGUGGUAUCGUCUACGUCUCAGAAUCAGAUUUGAACUGGGAGCCACUCAUUGAUACCUGGAUCAAGGACAGACAAGAGACCAAGAUCUAUUGCAAUCAGGAAGAAGGUAACUGGGUCAAUGAAUUCUUUGAAAAGUAUUUCGUCAAACCAGAUCUCUUCACACUCUUAGUCAAGAACUUCAUCUAUGUGAUGUACAGUCCCCCAGUUCUAAGAAUCAGUCAGUUGCUGAACUUGAUUACUGCCCUCUUACAGCAAUUCCUUGAUAAGCAAGAGCAACUAGACAAACCCUCAUUCGAAAAGAUAUUCGUCUACUCCGUUGCCUGGGCUAUUGGUGGUCUUUUCGAAACAGAAGAGAGAGAGAAGUUCCACAAGUUCCUAGAACAAAGAAACGCCCCUCUCCCACCCAUUUCCGCUCAAAAGAUGUCUGUUGACAAGGAAACAGUUUUCGACUACUAUGUUGAUCCAAACAACAAAUCAUGGAAACUUUGGGAAGCUGAACAAUGGGUUCCACCUAAGAGACUUGCCUUCUCUCAACUCCUCAUCCCAACCAUCGAUUCCACCAGAGCCGAAUUCAUCAUUAAGAAGAUUGCUGGACUCCCAUUGAUGAGAUCAGAAAAGAGAAAGGAAUCUGGAGCUCUUUCAACAAUCCUUGUUGGAGGUCCAGGUACUGCCAAGACCUCAGUUAUCCUUAUGUACGUCUCCAAGUUCGACCAGUCAGCUAUGCUCUUCAAGAGAAUAAACUUCUCCAGUGCUACCACUCCUUACAACUUCCAAGAGUCAAUGGAGUCUGAAGUCGAAAGAAAGCAGUCAAGAACCUUCGUUCCCCCCGGUGGCAAGAGAAUGACUGUAUUCUUGGAUGAUAUGUCUAUGCCCUUCGUCAAUCUUUGGGGUGAUCAAAUUACCCUAGAAAUCACCAGACAACUCAUUGAGCAAAAAGGAUUCUACUUCUUGAGUAAGGACGAUAGAGGAUACUUCAAGCAAAUUGAAGGCCUCCAAUACUUGGGUGCAAUGAAUCAUCCAGGUGGUGGUCGUAACGAUAUCCCCAACAGACUUAAGAGACACUUCUUCAUUAUCAACAUGACCUCACCAUCUCAGAGAUCUAUUGAGAACAUCUAUGGUAAGAUUCUUGAGGUACUCUUCCACCCCAAGAGAUAUUCCGCUGAAGUCAUCAACAUGAAGGGACUUCUUAUUGAAAGCACCAUUGCCCUUUGGGAGCAAGUUAAGAGAAGACUUCUUCCAACACCAGCUAAGUUCCAUUAUAUUUUCAACAUUCGUGAGCUCUCAAGAGUCUUCUAAGGUAUCUGUAAUGUUGCCCAGAAACACGAGUAUUCAGUUAUUAAGAACACUUCCCAACUUAGAGAAAAGAUCAGACAAGAACUCUUCUUGAUUGGUCUCUGGAGACACGAGUGCGAAAGAGUGUUUGAAGAUAAACUUAUCUCUAACUAAGAUAAAAAGACCUUCCACGAUAUCCUAGACAGAGUCACCAAAGAGAAGUACAGCAGCAGUCUUGGAUUCGAUGACGAUCAACUUAUGACUACUAUGCUUUUCGCUGACUUCCAAAGAGAAGAUAAAUUCAACGAGUACGGAGAGCUUGAAGAGGAAGCUCCAUUCGUUUACGAAGCCGUUCCAGACAUUGAACACAUCAGAAAGAGAAUUAACAAGAAGAUGGACGAUUACAAUGAGAAGUACCCAUCAAAGAAAAUGAACUUGGUUAUCUUCGAUGAUGCCCUCAGACAUUUACUCAGAAUUACCAGAAUUAUUAACUCACCAAGAGGUAACUGCUUACUAGUCGGAGUCGGUGGUUCAGGUAAACAAUCACUUACCAAGCUUUCAUCAUUCAUCUGUAAACAACUGUUCUUCCAGAUCUCACUCUCAAAGUCAUAUGGUGAGAACAAUCUUAAGGAUGAUAUCAGAAACCUCUACAGAGAAGCCGGUCCCGCUGGAAAGAACGUUACUUUCAUUAUGACUGACUCAGAAAUCAAGAGUGAAGAUUUCCUCGAGUCCAUCAACAGUAUGCUUGCUACUGGAGAAAUCGCCGGUCUUAUUCCAAAGGAAGAGAAAGACGUGUACGCCCUCGAAACCAAGAACGUUUACAUGAAGGAAGUCGGAACAAAGGGAGAGGACCCAACUACCCUCGAACUCUGGAUCUAUUUCAUUAACAGAGUCAGAGAUUGCCUCCAUAUGGUGCUUGCCUUCUCACCCGUUGGUACCAAAUUCAGAGAAAGAGCCAGAAAGUUCCCCUCACUUUUCUCAUCCUGCACAAUCGAUUGGUUCCUCCCAUGGCCCGAGGAUGCACUUGUCUCUGUGUCCAACAAAUUCCUCAAGGAAUUCCAAAUUGAUUGCACCAAAGAAGUAAAGGUCGAAAUUGAAAGACAUAUGGGUAAAGUGCACGAUCUCGUGACAGAGGUUUGCGAAAUCUAUUUCCAAAGAAUGAGAAGAUACGUCUAUGUCACACCCAAAUCUUAUCUUGCCUUCAUUGAUCAAUACAAACAAGUGUAUAAGAGCAAAUUCGAUGGAGUAUCAACUGAAGAAUAAAACAUUAGAAAAGGUCUUGAUAGACUAAAGGAAGCCGCAGAAGGUGUUGAAGAACUUAAGAUUGAUCUAAAGAAAGAAGAUCAAAAACUCAAAGAAGCAUCAGAAGUUACUGAUAGACUCCUUAAAGAUCUCGAAGUAGAAAACAGAAAAGCCAAGAUCAAGGGAGAUGAAGUCGCUAUUGUCGCUGAAAAGUGUAUUGCCUAGAGAAAUCAGAUUAUGAUAGAAAAAGAGCAGGCAGAUCGAGAUCUGCAAAUGGCUAUGCCCUAUCUGAGAAAAGCCGAGGCUGCUGUCGACUCUAUUAAGCCAAAGGAUAUCACUGAGCUUAAGGGAGUCAUGAAGGCCGUCGAUACCACCAGACUUAUCCUAGAUACUGUGAACAUUCUCUUCUAAUUGCCACUGGUUCCAGUAACAUUCAAGAACUUAUUCAUCAUGAAGCAAGAUAUUCCUUUCAUUGCUGAUUCAUUUGAUGAGUACUCCAAGAGUACCUUGACAAACAACAACUUCCUCAAGAGUUUGUUCGAUUUCUCAGCUAAUGAUAAAGAUAACAUCAAUGAGGAAACUAUUGAACUUCUAGAACCAUAUCUAACACUUAAGGUCCCAAGCAGUGGAGAGGAUUGCUUCACUGGUCAAGUCGCCAAGAAGUCAUCAUCUGCCCUCGAAGGUAUGUGCGUUUGGGCUGCUGCUAUGAGUGACUAUCACAAACAAUCAAAGAUCGUCAAGCCUAAGCUUAUCCUUCUUCAAAUUAAGAAUCAAAGUCUCCAUGAGGCUGAGGCCAAUCUUGCUGAAGCUCAAGGCGAGUUAGAUCAAUGCAGAAUCUUGAAGGAAACCCUUCAGAAGAAAUUCGAUGAUCAAAUGUCAGAGAAGAAUGCCCUCCAAGAGAAGGCUGCUAAGACAAGAAAGAAGAUGGACUAGGCUAACAGACUUAUCAACUCACUUCAAGAUAACAAAGAGAGAUGGAUCCAAAACGCCAAUGAUUUCAAGAACUUCAAACUCAGACUAGUCGGUGAUGUUGCCAAAGCAUGCGCCUUCGUAUCUUAUUGCGGUCCAUUCAACUCAGAGUUCAGAACUAAGCUUUUAGACGAAUAUUUCCACGAAGAUCUAAUUAAGAGAGGCAUUCCCACAUCACAAGACCUCGAACUCACCAAGUUCUUGGUUGAUGAUGCAACUGUCGGAGAAUGGAACUUGUAAGGUCUCCCAUCAGAUGAUCUCAGUAUUCAAAACGGUAUCAUGGUCACCAGAUCAGCCAGAUAUCCACUCAUGAUUGAUCCCCAAGGACAAGCUAUUUCUUGGAUUAAGAGAAGAGAAUCAGAUCUCUUAGAGAGAGACUGUAUCUUCACAUUGAACCAUCCAUCACUUAAGGAUGCUUUGAAAUUCCCACUCAUGGAAGGAUGGGCUGUGCUUAUUGAAUCUAUUGAAAAUGAAGUCGACCCAAUGCUUGAUCCAAUCCUUGAAAAGCAAAUCAUUGUAAAGGGUAGAAACAAGUUGAUCAAGAUCUCAGAUCAAGAUAUGGACUACAGUGACAACUUCAGACUCUACAUGACAUCCCGUCUUGCUAACCCUCACUUCUCACCCGAGCUUGCUGCCAAAGCUACAAUUAUUGAUUUCACUGUCACACAGGGUGGUCUUGAACAACAACUUCUAGGUAGACUGAUCUCCAAAGAGCAGAAGUCACUCGAAGAACAACUUACCCAACUCCAAGAAGAGGUCACAUUGAACACCAAGACACUUCAAUCUUAUGAGAAGUAACUUCUAGAAAGACUUGCCUCUGCCUAGGGUUCACUUUUGGAUGAUACCGAGCUUAUUGAUGUGCUCGCCACCAUCAAGACUAAGUCAAAGGAAGUUAAUGAGAAACUUUCAGAGUCAAAAGAAAAGAGAAUCGAAAUCAAUGAGAAGAGAGAACAAUUCAGAAUGGUCGCCUCAAGAGGUUCAGUCCUCUAUUUCUGUAUCGUCGAGAUGACCCUUGUCAACUGGAUGUAUAACACUUCUCUUCAACAAUUCCUUGGACUCUUCGAUUGGUCAAUUGACAACGCCCCCAAGGCACAGCUCAUCAAGGACAGAGUCCUCAAUGUAACAAUGUGGUUAACCAACAAAGUCUACAGAUACAUAAACAGAGGUCUCUUCGAAAGAGAUAAGGUUACAUUCAAACUCAUGAUGUGCUUGAAGGUUUUAAUCAAGGAAGGUAAAUUGACAGGUGCAGAUGUAAAUUUGUUCUUGAAAUCAGGAGCAGGUAUCGAUGACAGAAACAAGCCAUUCAACUGGAUGGAUCAGAAGACUUGGUUGAACUUGAAAUCGCUCUCAAAGCACAAGUUCGCUAAUGAACACACUUUCUUCUUCAAGGAGCUCCCAGAUAGAAUCCAAAGAAAUGAACAAACCUGGAGAAAGUGGAUUGAUGAGAACGAGCCAGAGAACACUCCAAUUCCAGAUUAUGAAGAGAAGAUCAAUGCUGACCAAAACAUUGGUCACUUCAUUAAACUCUGUCUUAUCAGAUCACUUAGAGAAGAUAGAACUGUACUUGCUAGUAAUCAGUUCAUCAAAAGAGUACUUGGAGAUGAAUAUGUCGCUCCAGUAACAGAUCUAAUUCCGGACACUUGGAUUGAAUCACUACCAAACAGACCAGUGCUCUAUUUGCUAUCCGCUGGUGCUGAUCCAACUAACAACAUCGAUGAUUUCGCUAAAAAGAAGAAGCAGUUCCCAACUGGUAAGGUAUCCAUGGGAGAGGAAAUGGAAAAACCAGCCCUCGAAAUGAUUAAGAACGGAUUUGUUUCAGGUAAAUGGGUCGUCCUCAACAACUGUCAUUUGAGUUUGGAAUUCAUGGCCCAAAUGGAAGAAAUCCUCAACCCCAAGAGCGUUGAGAUUCAUGAGGACUUCAGACUUUGGAUUACUUGCGAGCCUCAUCCUCAAUUCCCUCUUGGUCUUUUACAAAUGGCCAUCAAGGUUACAACUGAGCCACCCAAGGGUCUUCAAGCCGGUCUUUCAAGAACAUUCUCCACAAUGAUUAACCAAGACUUCCUUGAAAAGGUUGAACCAUACGACAAAUGGAGAGCACUUGUUUUCACAACUUGCUUCCUUCAUUCCAUUGUGCAAGAGAGAAGAAAGUUCGGUCCUCUUGGAUUCUGUAUUCCAUAUGAGUUCAACAACUCAGAUCUCGAGGCCUCUCUAAUGUACAUUGACAAGCAUUUGACACAAUGUGCCACUUUGAAUAUCGGUUAUUCAUGGAAAGCUAUUCAGUACAUGGUAACUGAAGUGCAAUAUGGAGGUAGAAUUACUGACGAUUUGGACAGAGAACUCUUCAUUACCUAUGGACAACUUUGGUUGAACGACAACAUCUUCCAGCCAAACUAUCCAUUCAACACUGCCUACACUGAGUUCCACUAUCAAAUCCCAGACUGCUCAGAACACAGUAAAUAUGUUGAGUACAUCACCUCUAUGCCAGAGAAAGAUAGCCCAAUUAUCUUUGGUCUACAUCCAAAUGCCGACUUGACUUACAGACUCUAGGAAUCACUGCAAAUGAUCAACACUUUGGUCGAUACUCAACCAAAGGAAGCCUCAGGAGCUGGUGGAAAGUCAAGAGAAGAAGAAGUUAGAGAGAAGAUUGAGAAGGAUUUACUUCCACAACUCCCAGCAGAUUUCAUGGAAGCUGAAGUAGAAGAAAAGCUCAGAGUUAUGAGAGGACCCAGAGGUCUUACUGAGACUGGUAAGGGAGUACCUCUUAAUGUGUUCCUUUCACAAGAAAUUCAGAGAUUCCAAAUGAUCUUAACAAUUGUGAGAACUACUAUGGUUAACAUGGUAGAUGCCAUUGAAGGUUCAAUUAUCAUGACCCCAGAUAUUGUAGACGCUAUUAAUGCUGUAUUCGAUUUCAGAGUCCCAAGAAACUGGUGCUACGAUCCAACUGGAGCUGAGAUUUCAUGGCUCACACCAUCACUUGCCUCUUGGAUCAAGGGUCUCCUUGAUAGACACCAUUAAUUGAAUAAUUGGAUUUCAAAGGAAAGACCACCCUCUUUCUGGCUGACUGGAUUCUUCAACCCACAAGGAUUCUUGACUGCAAUGAAGCAAGAAGUUACCAGGCAGAAGAAAGCUCAAGCUUGGUCACUCGAUGAGGUCGACUAUACCACUGAUGUACUUAAGGAAAUCAUCUAAGGUGACGACGGCAGAAUCGAAGGAAAGACCAUCAACCCACCACCUGAAGGCGCUCUUAUUCACGGUCUCUAUUUAGAAGGUGCUGGUUGGAACAGAGGCGAAAGAAGAAUUGAGGAUUCAAACCCCAAGGAACUCUUCUACACAUUCCCAAUCAUCCACGUUAGUGCUACUUCAACCGCCCCACAAACAGGUGGACCAGGUCUUGGUGCUAAAGCCAAACAAGACGACAGAGCCGGUGAGAAAUCAUCAUAUUCUUGCCCAGUGUACAAGUAUCCAAAGAGAAACGAUAGAUAUUUGAUCUUCAGAGUGUUCCUCAAGUGUGAUGCCCAAGGAGGAAGUUCCAAUCUCUCCAGAGGUGUUACUCCAGCUAUGAACUGGAAACUUAAAGGUGCUGCUUUACUUUGUUCCAAAGAGUGA